AUGGGCGCUCUACUGGAAGACCCCUCAACCCGCAUCCCAGCACCGCAAGCCCAUGCAGAAGGCGCAAGCAGUCUAAAGCCCCGACGAACAACCCUCCCCAAAGCCUCCAAUGCCGCCAUAACAAUUUACCCCAUAAUCAAUGGCGCGGCUUCCCUGCCAAGAGACCUGAUAAAGUUCCUACACGCAGAACUCAGCGCCGAGAUUGAGCGCGGCUGUACAUAUCCUAUGGAAACGCCGCAGGCGCUGGAUGAGUUUGCCGAUUACUGGUUUGGGACUUUUGCGACUGUGGCUGUUCUUGAUGAUGAAGCUGGUGGGGAUGGGUUGGCGGAGGGGAGGGACUGGGAGAGGGUUUGCUUGGGGACUUUUUAUAUUAAGCCUAAUUAUCCUGGUCGUUGCUCGCAUAUAUGUAAUGGUGGUUUCAUCGCUACCAGUGCGGCGAGGGGUAAGGGUGUUGGAGGACAGUUGGGUGAAGCGUAUCUGGACUUUGCGCCGAAACUGGGGUACAAUUACUCUGUCUUCAACCUGGUCUUUGCGAAUAAUCCGGCUUCUAUUCGUAUCUGGGAGAAACUAGGUUUCAGCGUGAUCGGGCGCGUUCCCAAGGCUGCUCGUUUGGCUAACAGUGAGGAAUAUGUUGAUGCGCUGAUCUUUGGACGGGAAUUGGGAAAUUGA